CGAAAAUCAAGAAAAAAAAUAUCAAAAUCAGGCGGCUAGGAAAAGAUACAGCAAAUUAACAGAAUUUCUCCAAAAGAAAAGAAGAAAAAUUUAUUUCUAACAUAAGCAGCCGAAAGUUUACGUUUACAGUGUACUGCAUCAGGUUCUUGUAAAAACUGUUUAAAGAGUACUAUCUAUUUGUUUCGAAUAUGUUUCAUUGGGAUUAAAAACUCCCCUUCUUGGUAAUAUUGUUAAAAAACAAAUCUGAAAUUAAGUACUCUAAUUUAAUUUAAAACAACUACAAUACGAAAUAUUCCCAAAAAAUUUUAACAAUUGAAUACUAUCCAAUUGAAGUUUCAUAUAAAAAUGUCGAAGAAUAAGUUUAAUCUAACACUUCCCCCACAAACAACAAUGGAAGGUAUUUCAGCCCCUUUACAAUCAACGGGAGAGAAAAAAGAACUUUUGGGUACUAAGAACAGUAUUGACCAAUUAACCGAAACACUUGAGGAAUUAGAGAUGGAUGAAAAUGCCAGGACACGAAUAAAAGUUUUUUUAAGUCAAAAAGAAAAGAUUGGUGAGCUUUCUGAUCAGGACUUAGAAAAACUAGGAGAACUUGGAUCUGGAAAUGGUGGGGUUGUUAUGAAAGUUCGUCAUAAACCAACAUCACUUAUCAUGGCUCGAAAAUUAAUUCAUUUGGAAGUAAAACCAGCAAUUAAGAAGCAAAUAAUACGAGAGUUAAAAGUCCUCCAUGAAUGUAAUUUCUCACAUAUUGUCGGAUUUUAUGGCGCAUUUUAUAGCGAUGGAGAGAUAAGUAUUUGUAUGGAGUAUAUGGACGGUGGAUCUCUUGAUCUUAUCUUGAAACGAGCUGGGCGCAUUCCGGAACAAAUAUUAGGUAAAAUUACCAGUGCUGUAUUGAAAGGAUUAUCCUAUUUACGAGAUAAACAUGCCAUUAUACAUCGUGAUGUUAAGCCAUCUAAUAUCCUUGUCAAUACCAGUGGUGAAAUAAAAAUAUGUGACUUUGGAGUGAGUGGUCAGCUGAUUGAUUCUAUGGCAAAUUCUUUUGUCGGAACAAGAAGUUAUAUGUCUCCUGAGCGUUUACAAGGAACUCACUAUUCAGUUCAAUCAGAUAUUUGGUCCCUAGGAUUAUCACUUGUUGAGAUGUCAAUUGGAAUGUAUCCUAUUCCAAUGCCCGACUCACGUACAUUAGAUGCAAUUUUAGGUUGUAGUGGACAGUCAGCUGCUAAUCAAACAAUUAUUGAACCGAGAUCGAUGGCAAUUUUUGAGCUUCUUGACUACAUAGUUAAUGAACCCCCACCUAAACUUGAACAUCCUAGUUUCACAGCAAAUUUCAAAAAUUUUGUGGAUAAUUGCUUGAAAAAAAAUCCUGAAGAAAGAGCUGACUUGAUAACGUUGAUGAAUCAUAACUGGAUACGAUUUUCUGACGAAGAGAACGUUGAUAUUUCAGGAUGGGUUUGUAAAACAAUGAAUUUACCGCUUACACCUAAAAGACCCAUUCAACAUUAAUCACUAACGUGAAAAUUGUGUUUUCGUUAUAUAUAUUUAUAUUUGUAUACGUAUCACUAAUUAAACAGUAAUUUAUAUUUUGGCUUGACUUCAAUUUUUAUGGUUUGAAAAAUAAAGUUACCUAGUUUAGGAGUUCCAUAUACCUAUUCUAUCUUUAUAUCAUAAAAUUCGUUAGGAAGGAAAAGAUCCAGAACUCAAAUGAAUGAUGAAAGUAAAAUUCUUUUAUUUUUUGUUAUUUCGACAAACUUUUAGUUAUUGUUAAAUAAACUGACUUAUCUUAUCUUGUUCCUCUUACUCCCUUAAAUGUUCAAUUUAAUAUUAUAAAUGACCUAGGUAUUUAUCAUAAAUUUUUAGAUAUUUAUUUAAAAUUGUAC